ACCCACUAUCUUUCUCUCCUUCCCUUCCGCCUUCUUCUUCCUCUCCUCCUCACUGUUAACGCAGAGCUUCCGUUUCUUAUUUUCUUCUUCUAUUUCUCUCUCUCUCUAUCCAUACAAAAAAAUUCUUAACUUCUCAUUCUCUUUCUUAUAUAUUCCUUUUGAUUCUCUGCUGAUCGGCACGAGAAAGCAGAACCGCGAGGUGUCUGUGUUUCGCUUGAUCGGAUAAAAAUCACGUGUGGAGAAAAUUGAACGAAUCGUAGAUUUCUGAAAAUAAUCACAGAUCGAAAAACCAAAAAAAUAUACCAUUACAAAACUCGAAUCGGGUUUCCACUUGGGGGUAUAAUGAUGAGGUAUCAGAGAGUAAGCCCAGAUGUUCUCCCCCUCACAAACGGAGCAAAGAAGCCUUACUUGAGACCUUCACCUUCAAGAUCAUCACCCCACGAAGACACCACCACCACCAUUACACCAAACUCCAUCUCCGGGAAAGGAUUCAACGGCGGAUCAUGCACAUCACUAGACGGAGUCCGAAUCAGAUCCUCCCAACAAACAGAUCCCACCCCUACCAAGCGCGGCGGAGAUGUUUUAUUACAGUGGGGACAGCGGAAGCGAUCGAGAGUCUCCAGAGCCGAGAUCCGAUCCUCCACCACCACCGCCACCGCGGCUGCCGAUGACUCUUCGUCUUCUUCUGGACACGGUAAGAUUCAAUCGAACAAGCUUUUAAGAAGAUCUGUAAAUCCGUCUAUGCCACCACCACCACCACCUCCUCAUCAUCCGGUUUCCUCUAACCGGAACUCAAACCAUAGAAACGGUUUCGUCGGCAGCAAGGAAAUCUUUCUUUCCAGGAAUCAAGAAGAUCGAUCAGCCAGCGGAUCACCAUCAAGGACCAUCAAUAACGGGCGUACGGUGUCCAGAUCGGGCGGCUCUAAGCGAUCUCCACCGUCUCCUGACCAAAUCGAGAAGAGAUCAAGCCUCAGAGAUCAUCAUCAUCAGAACCAGAGACAAAACGGGUUCGAUCAUAACCAUAAUCAACAUCAUCAAAGAGUGAACAGAUCAGAAUCAACGGCUCAGGCGCAUCCAGAGCUGGAGACAAACAACAAUGGAGAGAGAGAGAAAGCAACGCAAGUGGAAGUGACAGAGUGGCCAAGGAUCUACAUUGCCUUGUCUAGGAAAGAGAAGGAGGAAGAUUUCUUGGUUAUGAAAGGCACAAAGCUUCCUCAUCGACCCAGGAAACGAGCUAAGAACAUUGAUAAAUCCCUCCAGUUUUGUUUUCCAGGGCUGUGGUUAUCUGAUUUGCCCAAGAACCGUUAUGACGUUAGGGAGAAGAAAAAUGUGAAGAAGCAGCAGCAGAAGCGGAGAGGGUUGAAAGGUAUGGAGGAUUUGGACACCGACUCCGAGUAAUUUUCUGGUUCUUUCGUUCUUUUUUUUCUUUCCUUUGUGGUUUUCGAUUUUCUCUUUUUGAGAGGGAGGACACACGUGUGGCUUGCUUGCGAUGCUCGUGCGAAAUGGGCCAACAAGAACCAGUGGAGCAAGAGCUAUCGAGAAGCUACCCUUGUUUCAUUUCCUAAUUUUCUUAAAUCUUUAUCCUUAAUUUUUAUUUUUUUUCAUCUUUUUAUAAAUUCCUUUUUUUUUGUUUCGGUUCGUGUACAAAAAAAAAGAGAGGUGGAAAUGCAUCGUCAUAAAUCAUAUAAAUCACCUUUCCUUC